GCUGGAACAUCAAUAAGGUCAUCUUCCUCAGCUGAACAAGCAGAUUCUAUCUGUGAUAUAUAUCAUUCCAUCACUUUAGCCCACAAUACUCAAACGGUUUACAGCUUCUGGUAAAUUGUUACACCAGUUAGUAUCAAAACCGUUAUCUUCAGAGCUCCAACCUUUACACCCGCCACCAAAGCUCUCCAACAUGGCGCCCAUUACCACAAUCAUCUCGUUGCUCAGCAGCGCAUCACUCAUCAACGCUAUCGUUAUGCCUGAAAGUAUCCUUGAAUUUCCCGUCGCGCAUGAUGAACAUGCCUCUGUCUACGAUAAAAAUAGUCCCCUUCCGAGUAUUUUCAACCUCACCUUAUCCGGAAAGACUCGCCAAAGCACAAAAUCAUCCAGCGAUGACGAUGACACUCCACUACCCUUGAUCAUCUGGCAUGGACUCGGUGACAACUACAAAGCGGAUGGUCUUGCGCAAGUUGGAGAAUUAGCUGAAGCUAUUCAUCCUGGAACUUUUGUCUAUAAUAUUCAUGUAGAUGAUGAUGCAUCUGCAGACAGGACGGCUACUUUCUUUGGAAAUCUCACUCUUCAAAUCGAAAAAGUCUGCGAAGACCUCGCCUCCCACCCUAUCCUCUCUACCGCGCCCGCCGUCGACGCAAUCGGAUUCUCCCAAGGAGGCCAAUUCCUGCGCGGCUACAUAUCCCGCUGCAAUUCUCCACCCAUUCGCUCUCUCCUAACCUUCGGUUCCCAACAUAACGGCAUUUCUUCCUUCCAAGCCUGUGGUCCUACCGAUUUCCUCUGCCGGGGUGCUCAAACCCUCCUACGUUCGAACACCUGGUCAACAUUUGUCCAAUCUCGUCUCGUGCCCGCUCAAUACUUCAGAGAUCCCGAAAAUCUCGACUCCUACCUUGAAUUUUCUAAUUUCCUCGCCGAUAUCAAUAAUGAGCGUGUUCUCAAGAAUGAAACCUAUAAAUCAAACAUGGAAAAAUUGGAACGAUUCGUCAUGUACGUCUUUGAAGACGAUACAACCGUCAUUCCUAAGGAGAGUGGAUGGUGGGCUGAAGUCAACGGCACGGAAGUUACACCACUGAAAGAAAGAGCCAUUUAUAAAGAAGAUUGGGUAGGUUUAAAGACAUUGGAUGAAGCCGGAAAAUUGGUUUUCGAAACCAUUCCAGGAGGUCAUAUGACAUUGGGAGAGGAGAUGUUAGAAAAGGCCUUUAAAGCAUACUUUGGUCCUGCAGGAAGGAAAUUUGGGGAGAAACAAACCGAGAUGACCGGACAUGAAGAGGAAUUGUAAAGGGGCUCGGUUACGACCCUUUAGGCUAGAUGAGAUUGAUUUGUUAUUUUGGGAGAAUUUGCAAAUUGGUCGAUUGUUUAUGGAGUGGAAGGAUAGCAUUUGUAGUUUUAGAUACCGGGCGUAGGCUAUGGGAUGCGGGCGUUUGUUCUCACGGUCGAAAUUGAGAUUUGUAGUUUGAGUACUACUAGGUACUCCGAAGGAUGAUAAUUUGGUAAGAUUACAUACAUUCUGUAUGGGAGUCACGGAAUGAAUAAAUAUACUUUUAAGCCUCA